AUGGAGACGUUUGUGAAGCUGAUAAGUUAUGAACACCGCAUUUUUAGCGACAAAGAUGACGACGAGAUGCAGAAGCUGAUCGAGACCAGCCAAGCUGAUCACCCUCCCAUGGUGGUCGAUGUCGAGCCUCUUCUUGAACUCGUCAAGGACAUCCUCAAGCACUCCACCACCACUACCAGUGGCCCUAUCGUUGGGCAUGCUCUGGAUAACUUGAAAAGUAAGAUCUCUCCAACCAAUUUCGAAGCAUUGUCUAAAACCAUACACCUGAUCUCCUGCAAGUUGUCGUGCAAAUGCACUGAAGAAGGAGAAGAGUAUAAUUCAGUGUCGCCACUGAUCAAAACUCUGUCGGGAUACUCGUGGGAAUCGAAGGUGGUUCUGGUCAUGGCCGCCUUCGCCGUCACCUACGGUGGUUUCUUCUUCUUGCUGGACUCCAACAAAUUUUGGAAGUCCCUUGAGACGGUGAAGACCCUUAUCGAGGCUAUGGUUAACCUGACGGAGUGCGUUAUCAGUUACUGCAAGCUCUUCUAUUCCGGCAAGGUGCCAGGUCUGAUCAUCGACCAAUCUCUCCUCCAAAUUUCUGUUUACUGGACUCUCAGGAGCGUCGACGCCUGCCUUCCCCACAUCUUUGGCUUCCUUGGGUUGGGUACAGAGUACAUUCUAUCAAAAACUGAGGAUAAGGAGCUGUCCAAAUUAAGGAAGACUCUAAUUAUCAGUCUGGACCACCUUAAUGACCAACUUCUUCCUUACCUAAAUUACAUUGAGAUGAAGCAAAUAUCUGAAUAUUAUCAUGAGAUUGAGCUAAUAUUCUCCGGAAUGACUAUAACUAACAACUUAGAGAUUAUCAGCAAAUUGUUUGACGUCAAAAUUGGUCUGAAUUCGCUUGUCCAAGUCUCCACCAACCAACAGGUUAGCGUGAAAGUGCUGGAGAAGAAAAAUGUGUUACUACUGAUAUUGGCUGAGUUGGACGUCAACAAAGAAGAUAUCAGAAUUCUGGCUGAGAUGUACAAGAAUACAAAGCAAGUCUCUCAUCAGUAUGAUCUGGUGUGUCUCACACUAGGGGAGUCUAUACAAUCCAAACGGGAAGAGUUUGAGAAGCUGCUAGUGGAAGAGAAUUUGCCGUGGUACUUGAUGAACCAUAACUAUAAGAUGAACAAGGCGGUGAUUAAGUACAUCAAGGAGGUGUGGCAAUUCAACGGCAAUCCAACCCUGGUGGUGUUGGGCCCAGAGGGUAAGGUCGUUAGCAACAAUGCCUUCACCAACAUUAAGAUCUGGGGAGGGAGUGACCUCUCUAUCACCAUCACCACCGAAGUACAGCUCUGGAAGCAAGCCACUUGGGGACUUAAAUUCUUGUUUCAAAACAUUUACCAAGGCACAAACAUGCUCGAUUGGAUAAAUGAUGGGCGAUUCAUUUGCCUGUAUGGAGGAGAAGACAUGAAUUGGAUCAGGAGUUUCACGGCCGUGGCAUCUGAGGUGGCGAAGAAAUCCACAAGUACCGCAUUCGAGAUGGUUUACAUGGGAGCGAAAACCCAAAGGAAGCGAUUGGAUAAUUUGUACAGUGUUAUCAAGAAUGAAAAACUGAACACAAAUUGCUGGCCAGAAGUGGUGACCAAAUUCUGGGGGCGGCUGGAUUACAUGUGGCAAUCAAGGAUGGAGAUGAUGAUCACCUCCAAAAACACAAUCGAGGAGGACCAAAUAAUGAAGGAGAUCAGGAGCAUACUCACCUACGAUGGGAGCAGCGACAAAGGGUGGGCAAUCAUCUGUAAGGGAUCAGAGAUAUUGGUGAAAGCCAGGGGUGACAUAAUGUUGGAGUGCUUCAAGCAGUACGAUUUUUGGAAGGUAUCCUCUGGCAUCAAUGAUUUUAUGGGGGUAGUCAUUGAUUACGUAAAGAAGCAGGAAAUAAAGGUUCACUGCAAUCACCUCAUCCUGCCCUUCACCGUCGCCAAUAUUCUGGGGGAGAUGCACUGUGAGAAUUGUCCCUGCCUUAUGGAGAAGUUCAUCAUGUACCGCUGCUGUCGUGAUUAG